GUUUGCUUAUCGUCGGGCACCUGAGCGUCGUCGAAAUCUGCGUUUUUUGCCGAAAAGUCUAUAAAUAAAGCGUUUGGUUAAAUGCUAGUGCCAGCUUUGCUCCUUGGUGGUGGGAGAAGCGUUUGCAAGGGCAAAUCAAGUGCGUUCGUGGUAUUGAUUGAAAGCUGUGCGUUAAGAUUUCCUUGCCGGAAAAUGGUUUUCACGACAAUUUACGACAAUGACGAGCGCGAGAUGGCCUCUUCCAGCGUUCCGCCCCUGCAGAUGGAGGCGGCCGACGCCAGCACCCACCUGGACCACAUGUGCGCUCUGGACAUCCAAUCGAAGGCGCCCUUUGUGCGCCUUUCUGGCAUUAUUUGCACCAUUGGGCCGGCCUCGCGCGACCCCGCAAUGUUGGAGAAAAUGAUGGAGACUGGCAUGAAUAUCGCACGCUUGAAUUUCUCGCACGGCUCGCACGAGUACCACGCCGAGACUAUUAAAAAUAUAAGGACGGCUGUGGCGAAUUAUAGCAAAAAAAUUGGAAUGUCGUAUCCUUUGGCCAUUGCGCUCGACACCAAAGGGCCCGAGAUCAGGACCGGGCUGCUCGAAGGGGGCGGUUCAGCGGAAGUCGAACUGAAACGCGGCGAAAAAAUCACCCUCACCACCAACAAAGCGUACGCUGAAAAAGGCACCGCCAGCAUCGUCUACGUCGACUACGAAAACAUCCAAAAAGUGCUGAAGGUCGGCAAUCGCGUCUACGUCGACGACGGCCUCAUGUCGCUCGUUUGCACCGAAAUCAAAGGCGCCGACUUGAUCUGCACCAUCGAAAACGGCGGAAUGCUGGGCAGUCGCAAAGGCGUCAACCUGCCCGGCGUCCCCGUCGACCUCCCCGCCGUUUCGGAAAAAGACAAAUCCGAUCUGAAAUUCGGCGUGGAACAAGGCGUCGACAUGAUUUUCGCCUCGUUUAUCCGAAACGGAAGUGCACUUAGCGAGAUUCGCAAUAUCCUCGGCCCCGAAGGCAAAAACAUCCUCAUCAUCUCCAAAAUCGAAAACCAGCAAGGGAUGCAACACCUGGAUGAGAUAAUCAAGGCUAGUGACGGCAUCAUGGUGGCGAGAGGUGACUUAGGCAUUGAAAUACCGACGGAGAAAGUCUUCCUUGCGCAAAAGGCCAUGAUUGCCAAGUGCAACAAAGUGGGAAAACCUGUCAUUUGCGCCACCCAGAUGCUGGAAAGCAUGGUGAAAAAGCCACGGCCCACUCGGGCCGAAAGCUCCGACGUUGCCAAUGCCAUCCUGGAUGGGGCUGAUUGUGUGAUGCUGUCGGGGGAGACGGCCAAGGGGGAUUACCCCUUGGAGUGUGUGCACACAAUGGCGAAUAUUUGUAAAGAGGCAGAGGCGGCGAUUUGGCAGAAACAGUUGUUUCAAGAUCUUACAAGCAAGGCUGUGCCUCCAAUGGAUGCUGCUCAUACUGUGGCCAUUGCAGCAGCUGAGGCUUCGUCCAAGUGUUUGGCGGCUGCGAUUGUUGUGGUGACAACAUCAGGACGCUCUGCACAUCUCAUCUCCAAGUAUAGACCGAGGUGUCCCAUUAUUGCAGUUACAAGGAAUGCGCAAACUGCAAGACAGGCACACUUGUAUAGGGCGAUUUUGCCGCUCCAUUACGAAGCCGAGAGGAAGGACGACUGGCUGAAGGACGUCGAGGCUCGUGUUAACACGUCCAUCGAGUUCGGCAAAGCUCGAGGUUUCAUAAAACAAGGUGACCCGGUGAUUAUCGUCACAGGGUGGAAGCAAGGAUCCGGAUUCACCAACACGAUGCGCAUUGUGAACGUCUAAUUGUUCAAUUGUCAUUUUUAUUUAUUUUCUUUGUCGUCGUCAACGACACGUAAGAAGUAGUUGAUAUUUCACUAGCGAAUUUUUAAAAAAUUCUGUUAACUUAUGUAUGUAGGUAAAGUAUUUUUGUGAUGAUGAAUAAAUAACAGAAAAAAUUUAAA